ACCCAUCACCCGCUGACUACAUCCAUACCGUUCUCUACUGGUCUCAAUUUGAAGCCGAAGCAGACGCCAGACAGGCUGUCCCUCAUGGACAAAACCCAACAGGAAAUUGCACUGAUCCAGCUGAGGAAAUCAGUUCAAAAGCUUGGUUCUUCCACUGAUAAGUAUGGGGACCCAACACUGAUGAGGUUCUUGAUUUCAAGAUCAAUGGACCCAGCAAAGGCAGCAAAGUUGUUUGUAGAGUGGCAGAGAUGGAGGGCUUCAUUUGUGCCAAACGGGUCUAUCCCAGAUUCCGAAGUUGAAGAUGAACUGGGACCAAGAAAGGUCUUUUUGCAUGGCUUGUCAAGGGAUGGAUAUCCAGUAUUACUCGUCGAAGCAAACAAGCACUUUACCUCCAAGGAUCGGCUCCAAUUUAAGAAGUUCGUUGGUCAUCUGCUAGACAAGACUAUUGCAAGCUCAUUCAAAGGAAGAGAAAUGGGAAAUGAAAAGUUGAUUGCCAUCCUUGAUCUGCAGCAUAUUUCAUAUAAGAACAUUGAUGCUCGUGGAAUGAUCACUGGAUUUCAACUUUUGCAGAUUUUUUUUUCAUGUAGUCUUUACUAUCCAGAGCAUUUGGUGAAGUGCUUCAUUUUAAGCAUGCCAUGGUUCUUUGUUAGUUUUUGGAGGAUGAUUUCUCGCUUCCUCGAGAAGGGCACAUUGGAAAAGAUUGUGAUAGUAACCAACGAAGAAAGAAAAUGUUUUGUAAAGGAGAUUGGUGAAGAAGUCUUGCCAGAAGAGCUUGGUGGUCAAGCAACACUAGUAGCUCUCCAAGAUGUGACAGUGCCACCAUUGGAGGGUUGAUCCUCAUAAUAGAACAUAGCUGCUAAUACAGAGGCAGCUUUUACAGAUGCUAUAUAUGGAUAUGAUACUUGAACAUGAACAUUGUAUAAGUAGCUAAUUCCAAUUUAACGGAUGCUAGUUAACGUUGAGCAGUCAUAUGCUGCAGUGCCUGUAAGUUACAAUUGAAAAUAAGAUAAAAUUUCUCCAGCAAUCCGUUAUGGUUGCAAACUCACUUAUAUUUCUUGCUUUGCAACAUUACACUAACCACUAGCAAUGGAGUUUUUGUUUGUUUUCAUACCAUGAAUUCGAACUGUUUUCCAGAAUUUUAACC